AGGGGGCGCUGUGAGUACAGAAGGACCUUAGAGAAAAUAUUCCUCCCCCACGGUCGUGAAUUUUCGCCGAAUGAGGGUGUGGGCAGGGACGUAAGCGGUUUUCGCUUCAAUCUUUUUGGGAAAUCUAAACUCAAAAUUCAACAGGAGUCGUUUGGUGGUGGCGAGAGAGCUUCCGCCUUCCUGCGUCUGCCCGCCUCUUCCCCUCGCGCAUCACUUCCUGUGGACGAAUGCACCCCGGAGCCGUGAGGAAGUCCAGCCGCCGCCCGCGUAGACCCGCCCAGUCCUCCCGCAUCAGAGCAGCACCCGCCUGCAGCAGCACAGGCUUGAGUUAGCGGAAACAGAGGGAGCCGUGAUGGACGACAUCUUCACCCAGUGCCGGGAGGGCAACGCGGUCGCCGUCCGCCUGUGGCUGGAUAACACGGAGAACGACCUCAACCAGGGGGAUGACCACGGCUUCAGCCCCCUGCACUGGGCGUGUCGGGAGGGCCGGUCCAGCGUGGUGGACAUGCUGAUCAUGAGGGGGGCGCGCAUCAACGUGAUGAACCGCGGCGACGACACGCCCCUCCACCUGGCGUCCAGCCACGGGCACCGCGACAUCGUGGGCAAGCUGAUCCAGUGCAAGGCCGACGCCAACACGGCCAACGAGCACGGCAACACGCCGCUGCACUACGCCUGCUUCUGGGGCCAGGACCUGGUGGCCGAGGACCUGGUAACUAACGGCGCCCAGGUGAGCAUCUGUAACAAAUACGGAGAGACCCCGCUGGACAAGGCCAAACCACACCUGAGGGACCUUCUGAAAGAGCGCGCCGAAAAGCUGGGACAGAGCCUCACCAAGAUCCCCUACAAAGACAGCUUCUGGAAAGGCACGACUCGAACCCGACCUCGUAACGGCACUCUGAACAAACACGCGGGCAUUGACUUCAAACAGCUGUCCCUCCUGGCCAAGAUCAAUGUGAACCACUCUGGAGAGCUGUGGCAGGGCCGCUGGCAGGGGAACGAGAUUGUGGUGAAGGUGCUGAAGGUUCGAGACUGGACCACCAGGAAGAGCCGUGACUUCAAUGAGGAGUAUCCCAAACUCAGGAUAUUCUCCCACCCGAACGUGUUGCCCAUGCUGGGGGCGUGUCAGUCACCCCCCGCCUCCGACCCCAUCAUCAUCACGCACUGGAUGCCCUACGGCUCCCUCUACAAUGUGCUGCACGAGGGCACCAAUUUCGUGGUGGACCAGACGCAGGCGGUGAAGUUCGCGCUGGACAUCGCCGCCGGGAUGGCCUUCCUGCACACGCUCGAACCCAUGAUCGCCCGCCUCUAUCUCAACAGCCGGAGCGUGAUGAUCGACGAGGACAUGACGGCCAGGAUAAGCAUGGCGGACGUGAAGUUCUCCUUCCAGUGUCCCGGCAGGAUGUACUCCCCCGCCUGGGUGGCCCCUGAAGCCCUGCAGAAGAAGCCGGAGGAGAUUAACCGGAGGUCAGCGGACAUGUGGAGCUUCGCCGUCCUGCUUUGGGAGCUGGUGACCCGCGAGGUCCCCUUCGCCGACCUGUCCAACAUGGAGAUCGGCAUGAAGGUGGCCCUGGAGGGACUCCGCCCCACCAUCCCCCCGGGGAUCUCGCCCCACAUCUGCAAGCUGAUGAAGAUCUGCAUGAACGAGGACCCGGCCAAGAGGCCCAAAUUCGACAUGAUCGUUCCCAUCCUGGACAAGAUGCAGGACAAGUGAACUGAACCCCGCCCCCCCCCUCCCCCCAACCUGAACCCCAGCCCCCCCCUCCCCCAAC